CCUAAACGAACAUGAACGCUGCGGAGGGGAAGAAAGAAAACCUCAAGAAGCUCGAAAAGGAGCGUCUCCGGUUGUUAGGGCAACUGGAUGACCUAUCGCAAGAGUCUGCGGAGCACAAAUUGGUUCUCAAGACACUCUCUACGUUACCAGACGAUCGCAGGUGUUACCGUAUAGUUGGGAAGGUUGCUGUAGAGCGCACUGUAGCAGAGGUACGCCCUGCUUUGACUGCAUAUGCUCAAAAGGUUGACGAAUUACACAAGAAAUGUACUGAAAACCUUGCAUUUAUCAACGAGGAGGUUGAAAAGUUAACUAAGGCUCUCACUACACCCAUGGCGGAAUGAGGGCAUUGACAGCUACCUCAUGAAACCCAGGAUAAUAAACUCCCUAAAUUGUACAUAUCGCUAUAU